UCUGCGCCGGGCGGGAGCUCCCGACGCCGGCACUCGGCGGUGAAAAGAGCGGACGGGGCAGGUGCUGCGACGCCGAGGCCGAGCCAUGUCGCUGCCCGCAGUGCUCUUGCUGGCCUUGGUGGCCCCCGUGCUGGCGCUGGAGAACGGGCUCCUGCGGACGCCGCCCAUGGGCUGGCUGGCCUGGGAGCGCUUCCGCUGUAACAUCAACUGCGAGGAGGACCCAAAGAACUGCAUCAGUGAGAAGCUCUUCAUGGAGAUGGCUGACCGGCUGGCCCAGGAUGGAUGGCGGGACCUGGGCUACAUCUACCUCAACAUCGACGACUGCUGGAGCAGCGGGCGUGACGCCCAGGGCCGCCUGGUGCCUGACAGCAAGCGCUUCCCCCAUGGCAUCUCCUUCCUGGCUGACUAUGCUCACUCCCUGGGCCUGAAGCUGGGCAUCUACGGGGACUUAGGCAACUUCACCUGCAUGGGUUACGCGGGCACCACGCUGGACAAGGUGGGCCAGGAUGCUGAAACCUUCGCCGAGUGGAAGGUGGACAUGCUCAAACUGGACGGCUGCUACUCGACCCAAGAGGAGCAGGCCCUGGGGUAUCCCAAGAUGGCUGCUGCCCUGAACGCCACAGGCCGCCCCAUUGCCUUCUCCUGCAGCUGGCCAGCCUAUGAAGGGGGUCUUCCCCCCAAGGUGAACUACAGCCUGCUGGCAAACAUCUGCAACCUCUGGCGCAACUAUGCCGACAUCCAGGACUCCUGGGAGAGCGUGCUCUCCAUCCUGGACUGGUUCGUGAAAUACCAGGACGUACUGCAGCCGGCGGCAGGCCCCGGACACUGGAACGAUCCAGACAUGCUGCUCAUUGGGAACUUUGGCCUCAGCUUCGAGCAAGCCCAGUCCCAGAUGGCCCUGUGGACGGUGCUGGCGGCCCCCCUCUUCAUGUCCACGGACCUGCGCACCAUCUCGCCCCAGAACAUGGGCAUUCUGCAGAAUCCACUCAUGAUCAAAAUCAACCAGGAUCCCCUCGGCAUCCAGGGACGCAGGAUUCUCAAGGACAAGUCCCACAUCGAGGUGUUCCUGCGGCCCCUGGCCAACGAGGCCUACGCUCUGGUCUUCUUCAGCCGCCGGACGGACAUGCCUUUCCGCUACGGCACCUCCCUCGCCCAGCUGGGCCUCUCCAGCGCCAAGGUGUAUGAGGCCCAGAACGUCUACACCGGCAACAUCAUCAGUGGCCUCCAGGAUAAAACCAACUUCACGGUGACCGUCAACCCUUCAGGUGUGGUGAUGUGGUACCUGUACCCAGUCAGGAAGCGGGCACAGUCCCAGGACUGAGAAGCUGGGACACGUGAGAGGCUGUGGUGGCCCCCCGGAGCCCGCAUCAUGGAGCCUCUGCAUGUGGGGGCCAGCAGUCAGGGCUCUCUGCUACCCAGGCCUGCUCGGUGACCUGAUCCCACCAGACCCCAAGUGCAACCUCAGGGCCAGGCCCCACGCUCUGCCUCACUGUGAACCGCCGUGGCAACCUGGGUGAUUUCCUAGGGCCUUCCUGGCCUCUGCCACAGAAGUGCUGAGCAACUUGGCCAACCGCCUGGUCCUCACAGCCCACAACAAGAUGCCCGUUGGGAUUCUUGCCUCUGACACCGGGUAUUGGAAAUUUUCUUCUAAUCAGGGUGGGGCCUCACCUCCACCAGAACGUCCACGGCCCGUGGCUGGCUUUCCUGCCUGAGAAGGCCUGGCGGGCUGACACCGCGGGGGGGGGCCCUGGCUCCCGCAGGGGGUCACCAAUAAAAUCGUUCUUAGCCAAGUAGUUGUAACAUGGACCUGGGGCCGCAGGCAGCCUCGGCUGGGGACUCCCGCGGCAGUACACGGGUGCCUGUUUCAAAGAGCGCCUCACGUGGAAGACGCGUGCGAUCUCCUGGCCCCGCGCUCUGCAAGUGACCUGCUAGACAUGCCAGAUGCCCCCAGCCGCAGUCCCUGCCCUUCCCAACUCAGGGGUGCUUUUGUCCCGGGCCCCGUGUCUGUGCCCCUUCUUCUCCCGACACAGGUGUUACAGGGUCUGCUGGCCACAUCCCCACCACCAGGCCCUAACACUGCUCAGGGGAAGCAUCUGGUCUGUGCAGGAACUUCACAUCAUUGUCUGCUGCCUUUUAGCUCGCACAGUUCCUGACAGGGCUCUGUCCAGUUGUGCUCUGGGCUGGUGCGCGUGAGGGAUCAGCUCCGCUUUCUCCCUCAAGGCCCCUGAAGCUUGUCCUCUGCCCAGCAGUGCCCCGGCCUCUCCCUGAUUUCUCCGCUCUAACCUGAUUGCAGUGGGGCUUCGAGCCCCCAGCAGUGUUCACGGCAUGUCCAGGGGGUCUUCGUGUCGUAAAAUACAUUUCCUGCUGCUCCUCCUGUGGACAGGAUCUCAAAUCACAAGCCUGGCCAUUCUGGACUGCCCACCUCGGGCCCUGCUGCCCAAGCCCCUUUUUCAGCGGAGGCCACAGGCACCUGGCCUCCGGCAGAAGCUGGCAGCAGGCAGACGAGGCAGCCCAGCGGCACUUCCCGCCCCGCAGGCGCGCCCUCCCUCUGGGCAGGGGGCCCCUGUAUUUAAAACACAGUGUGAGGAAUUUUAGUCUCGGAGCUUUGGCCUCUCCCAGUGGAAGUCCUGAGGCUGUGGGUCCCUCAGGAGAGCAGAAGCCUCCCUCGAGGACACCUGUCACCCUGAGCACAGCGCCAGCUUUAGCUCUUGCUGACAGUGUUGCUCGAGCCGAGUGGAACACUCGGGGAACCUUCCUCUUGCCAGCCCAGGAAAGGCCUUCCCACCGCCCUGUGGCCUGGGGACACUGGUCAAGCCCACACCCAGGCUUGGGCGCUGGGAACAGCCAUCAGCCCGGUCUCGACCCGUCUGCUCCUGUCUUCCAGACCCAGAAACACCAUGUGCCUUUACUAGCCGUGUGACUUGUUCUUCCGUCUGUCUGGCUUGUUCUCUCCCGGCCUCUGUUCUCCACGCACACCCUGCCAGCCUCCCAGGAUGCUGUUCUGCUCCCUUCUCCCGAGCAAGUUAGGGACUCUAUUAUUUUUCCCAGGUCAAGGCUACCUGGCUUGAACUCAAGGGUACCCCUCCUCCUUCUGAAAGACACUUCAUAGGUAUUUACAGAUAGCUAGAGAGAUUUUCAAACAAAAAUAAAGCAAUCCAGGGAGCCCCUGUGUACGCACCCCACAGCUCCAGGAACCGUGCGCGCCGUCGUUUCCCGUCCCUCCUCCCACAUGCACUUGAUCACACGUGAGCUGGCGCGCUUGAAGGCAAAUCUCAGCAAACUCGAAACACCACAGUGUAUCUCUAUUAGAUAGGACCUUUAAAAAUACAUAUGACCUUGGGCCUCCCUGGUGGCACAAGGGGUUAAGACAACCUAUGAAGCUGUCCACAGCCACUGCAGCACCCGUUCGAUCCCUGGCCGGCCGGGGGGCAGCCCACAUGGCGCAGCAGACCUCUUCUGACUCGCCCGCUGCUCCCCUCAGCAGUGUUUCUGUCAGUCUGCCUGUUCUGCUCCCUGCUCUGUCUCUGGUGAAUCCUCUCACCCCCCACGCAUCUCUGGCCUGUGCCCCAGCUCUUGUAUGCAUAAAUAAAUAAAUCUUUAAAAAAAAUGCAUAUGACCUUAAUAAAAUUUUCCUAUCCAGCAAAAUCAAUUUUAAAGUAACCUAAUUGCCAAUCUGUUCA